AUGACGAGGGUUGCCUUUGUUCUGUCGUUCUUAGUUGCAACAGCUUUAGACAGUAUUGAAGCAGGAAUUUUCAGCCUGGAGCUCAAGCGAGCCGCUGAAGAAGCCAUUCAGCAUUCACACAAGCUUCAUGUAGAGGACCGCCUUCGUCGCCGAAAUUUCGACGAGAAGCUCCGUCUUAUGUCACAGCCUAAAGCUCGCGCUUUAAACAACUACGAUAGUGAUGAUGAACAGAACAGUGGCCAGAAUGAUGACCAGUUCCAGGACAAUCAAAGCGAUUACGAAUGGAACGAGCAAAUGGCCGAGCAGGAUUUUGGUUUCGAAAUUACUGAGUACGCCUUGAAGUACACAGGUUGCCAAACAGUCGAAUCCUAUGACGAUGCAAUCGCUGCGGACGAAGAAAUCGACGGUGUAUUAAAGGCUCGGCGCUUUGCCACUUUCCGACUAUGUCCCACACAGGAUUGCUCUUCAAAUAAUCACAUUGGGUGCAGCAGCAACUAUGGAGAAUACGUUGUUUCGAUGGAUCAGUUCCUGGGCGGCCUUAUUUCUACGGAAGAAGAUCGGGUUCGUGGAUUCUGCAUGUACUGCCAGGAAUGCGCGUCUAUACAGUCUUUCAAAGCAUUCGUCUCUGAGAUUACAGCCCUAAAGUCUGCUUCUGUCCAGGCCGCUGGAACUUUCUAUGCCCAGUGGGCAGCAAACUACCAAGAAGCCAACGGGUAUAACGACAACUACGAUGACGAUACAAUGGCCGCCAUGUACUGGCAAGUUCUAAAUUCCAACAAUGGAAACUACGCAAAUAACUACCGGAACGGGAACUAUGUCAACAGCCAGGCUUACAGUGACAGUAGUAGCAACGGUAGCGGAAGCAGCAACCGUUGGUGGCAAAAUAACGCUAAUGCACAAGUCUGGAGCUCGUCCAGUAACCAGCAGCACAGUCAGCAGGGAAGCUGGGAUAGUAUGGGUAACUGGUACGGGCGUCCACUUUUGAACGGAUAUUUCGAGGACGGUGGCACUUUCUACGCUGGAUGGGGCUACGUGUCGCAAUACAACGGAUCGUUUGUGCUUCUAGACGAAAACCAACCCGUCUACUACGACGUCAGCCUGUUUGGCGAUUUACCGGAGGGGUGGGAUGAAAGUUGGUUUCAAAAUCCAGAUGAAGUGGAAAGUUGUGCAUACAGUAGUUCAAAGAGUUGCUCCAACCAAUACACUUCUUGUAUGGAAAUCUUGGAAGACGAGAACUACAUCUCCUACAUGAAGGAUACGUAUGGCUCCUCCUACGAACAACAACGCGAACAAGGGCGAGCAUCGGAAUUUCUCCAGUGCACUGCCGUAGACGCACAAUAUUCCGCAUACGGCACGAAUGGCCAGUUCUAUAUCGGGCCGCAUUGUGACAGCAACGGACGAUCGAUUGAGCUCGGAGUCUUUACCGAUCAAUACUGCUCCAAUCAUUCAUCAGACAUUCCUGUCACAGACCUUUUGGGAUAUGAUCCACUCGAAGACAAUGCAAAUCUGUUUCCUGACGAGUGCAUCCCUUGUGCUGACAACUCCACUAGCAUUCAACAAUGGUACGAAGCAGACUAUGGCGAAGCGGGUGUAGCGCAAGUGUGUUCCACGCUUUACCAAUUGUCGGGAAAAUGCAACAAGAAUCUAAGUCCUACCCAAGUGUACGGACAAAUUGUAUACAGUAAUCAGACCAGCCAAAGAGGGGUGAAUUGUACCGGUGACGAGGAAAGUUGUGACGAAUAUGACCAGAUGUAUCAGUCUCAGCAGCAAGGCGAGAACGAGGCCAAGGUAUGUUCGUUCAUUGCUUCCUUGACAUCGGGAACAUACGAUAGGAACGGUCAGGUAUCCGGUACUGGUAGUAACUGGCCUAAGCAAUGGAGCAGUCCGUCGAACUGGAGGCGUGAAUUUGAGAUCGAAAAGAAGGCAAUGGGGACGGGGCAAAAAGUAACUCUGGCAUUCGGUGCUCUUGCUGUUGUAGCCAUGGCCGCGUAUGCCAUCUUCCUACGAGAAACCUUGUCGCGUCGAAAAACGCCGCUGUGUUGUAAGAAAGGUGAGGAAGAAAUGGAUAUUACCCGUCAAAACUCUGGCAUCGUGAUGGGGCGCUCUCAGAGUGCCCCAUCAAGUAUACCUUUAAUCUAA